AUGUUCCCCACCCAAACGGAGAGCUGUCUUUGUUGGACCCUGGGCAUCCUUGGGGCGCAAGAGAGCUGUGGUACUUAUGGUCGGGGCAGGCCCCCGGGGUUACGGAUCAACGGAACGGCGGCCUCCACGGGAGGCCGCCUUGGCGGUGUGCUGUCCCGGCGGGUAUGCCGCCGGUGCGGGGUAAGAUUGCGAUCGGCCACGCAGGCCAAGGCGCGGACCUCGGAGCCGAGUCAGGGCAGCUCGGGUAAAAGGGGGACCACCCUCCGGGCACGGGAGAUUAGCCGCGCACCUCUUCGAGGCACGCGGCGGUUGUUUUCUGUACAUCUGGGGGAUGCUGGCCGGCUAUUCGCGGGUCCUGGUUUGGAGGGGCCAGAGGGAGAGUUGAAGGAAGCCCCAUGUGAUCCUAAGCAAAAGCCUUUGGUGGCUACCAUCUACAGGCGUUCGUUCCUUGGCUCUGUUACUCUAUUGGCGACACUUUCGCCCCGGGGUCACCUCUUUGUCUGUCACACGGUUCUCGAUCGCUUCCGCAGAUAG